GUUUACGAAUGGAGGUCUGUGUGUGUGUGCUUUUAGAGGACGAACUUUUCACGAAACGUAUGGGUGUACGAAAUUGAACCGGGUUAGUGAUGGGUUUUGCCGAAUUGUUCAAGGAUCCGUUUGUUGUGUGAAAUCAAAACCUCCCACCCUUUGGAAGUUGAUCCGUUUUAUAAUUUACCAUUUUCUUACACGGUUGGAAAACAAUUUGCCCAAGCAUCUUGAACGGCUGAACGGUGAGGUUAAAGUGAUUUCUGGAACCGUUCUUUUUGCGCGUUAUUUUUUUAGGAAGGCAGCGAUUUUUUUAGAACUUUUGAGUUAAUCGAAAAAAAAAACGUGUUCCACAUUUGUAUUUCUGGAAAAAAUAAAGCUUCCUUAUUCGUCAUUCUUCAUGUAUCUUUGAUGGAAAGGAGGAAAAACUGCAUUGCAACUAUUUCAUGUCCAUUCGAAAGGUGAGAUGUACCCAGCUGGACCAUUACUAUCGCACCAAGGUGUCGUUAACGAGUGUCCGGCCCUUUCUCUGCCACUUUUUUCGCUCCAUAUUUUACGUGUACGUGGCAUACGGCGUAUGUGCACGUGGGAAGGUAACACCGAAUCCCGAGCAAAAGCUGCCGGAUUCUCACACACUAAAGGUAGAAUCGAUUAGUGAUGGUAGCUUCGUGUACGCCAUUAAAUGACACGAACGCUGGUGGUUAAAAUGGUGUACUGGACCUUGUUAAGUGUUUUGGGGUUAUUGGGGUUUUUUGCGCACAGGUGGAACUAUCGCUGGCGGCUGCCAUUCGGGUGAUUAAAGUUGAAAAUUGUUACCACUUCCUUCAAUUACGAGCGGAAAGGCAAGUUUCGCGAGCAAAACAUAUGAGCUUUCUGCUCGUUGUUUAUCGUUCGCUUGGUGGAAAACUUUUCCCAAACCCAACAGCGGCUGGCAAUGGUUGGUGCUUUGCAUUAUAGCCAGACGAUAACCUUCUUGAGGUCGGUAAGCUUUAUUGCCACGGACCUGUUUCUAGCAUUGCACGCAAAUUUUUCAUGUUCCGCUCUACCAAAUGUAUUAGGCAGUAAAUUACUAGACGAUGACGAAGGCAGAACAUUAUGUGGAAAAGCAACAAAAAUAAAAAAAAACACGAAACGAGUUACGUUCCACAAGAAGAUCGAUUCACUUUGGUAAGCAUUCAGUGAACAUGUUUACUGAAAGUGGUUUUCAUAUUGAUUUGAAAAAAAAAUACGAUAUUAAAUGUUUUUAUUUUUGAUUCCAAAAAGCCCAAUACGAUGCCACAUUUCCUACUGCCAUACUCGGAAACGUUCAAGUAAACGUCAGCUAUCGACAAAACGUGUGGGGUCUAUGGCCGUCGGUGAACUCAAUUACCGUCCAGUAGACAAACAAACAAACAAAUUUAUAAUGUGGGCCUGCGCAAAGAAAAAACAAAACUGAAUGGAAGCGCAACGUCAGCAGAAAAAAGGCCGUUCUGGUUGCAAUUUUAAUCGCAUCACAUUUCUGGAAUGCAUGCAACAACAUUCAAAGCGCUGGUGUUGCGUUACAUCUCUAAAAUCAACGAUUAUUUCGUUUUGUGUUAAAUUUGCAGUUUCUCGACACACUGGCGUAUUUUCCCGUUAGAAUUACCUUGGGCUUUAGGGAAUGAAUCAAAUUUGUCUCUCAAUCUAUUACGCGUAAAUCAUACCCUUUGAAAGACGAUCCAAUAAAUAGGAAAUGAAACAUUUACGCACCAACAGCUAAUUACGUUUAACGAACAGUCUUCACACUUUUUUCUAAAAUGCUUGAUUACAUGUAAGUGAUCAAUAAAGUGCUGAAAGUUCAAAGCAUAACUUAGUAAGAAAAUAUUACUCUUUGAGAAUUUGAGAGCAACUAGCAGUAAACAAGAAGAUAUCUGAUUAUAAGUUUCAAAUGUGAGAAACCAUCAAACAACCACUAAAUGUAUGUUUACAUUCAGAAUGACCUAUUAUCUUAAGAUCUGUUAUCUCCAGUGGCUUACAUUGAUCAAUCAAUCGGUGAAGCUUUAAUUACUAACAGUACAGUUUUUUAUAAAAUUGCAAUUCUUCAUUUUACUAAUAGUUUCGUACUAUAGGUUUUGUAGGAACUAUAUGAAAAACCUUACGAAGGAAGACAACAGAAAACACUUUAUAAGCAAAUACUUUUUGCACUUAAAGCAAUGACGGAAACCAAACAAUUAUGCCCUACAUUCAUUCUACAGAAAUUGAUGACGCUUGCAAUGAGGAAAACAAUUGAGCGAUCGAAAACACGGUGCAAUGUGGCUGCCGAAUCGAUUCACAGGUGGUUAUGUUUUGUCUUUUGUUUUUUUUCUCCUAAUUUUGCUGACUGCAUACAAACGAUGUUCGAUCAACGGUCAAUAAAAUACAGUGCCGAUCGCUGAUCGCCGGCUAGUUGAGUUUGUUGCUUCGAGAUCGGUGCUGCCACCAUACGGAGCUAACCGAGACAGUGUAGUGCAGUAGGAUGAAGUUCGUCACAGUAUUGGUGGUGCUGGGUGUAGUGUUUACCGCGGUGCAUCUAGCAACUGGAGCACCCACAAACGUAGAGCAUUUGCCUGCCAAUGCCGAGCAGAACAAGAAAGAGUUGCGACCAGCGGCGGAAGUGAAAACACCCGAAGGCGCGGACGGAUCGGAUGCUCAUGCUGAUACGGUAGCCGUUGCAGCAGAAGCAGAGCAGGAUGCGGCGGUGGCAGAGGCGCUGGUACAAGGAAACCAGAUGAGCAACUACGUACAGGAGGAUGCGGCCGAUGGUGAGCCUGACGAAGGAGAUGAUGGCGUUAUGCGGACGGUGUGCGAUCAGGACCAGGACGCCGAGAGUAGUGCAGUGGACAGUGCGGUGGCGUUCGAGCGUUCCUACGGUGGACACGGUGGACACGGUGGACAUCAUGGUGGUCAUGGUCACGGACAUCACGACAUGAAGGGACACGGUUACGGACACAUGGAGCAUGGCGGAUAUGGUCACGAGCACAAGGGCCACGGUGGACAUAUGGAGCACGGGUACGGUCACGAACAUAAGGUUCACGAGCAUAAGGGAUACGAACAUGGUCAUGAGCACAAGGGUUAUGGACACGAACAUAAGGGACACGGACACGGAGGCCACGAGCAUAAGGGUUACGGACAUGGUGGCCACGAACAUAAGGGAUACGGACACGAACACAAGGGUUAUGGACACGAACACAAGGGAUACGGACAUGGUGGCCACGAGCAUAAGGGUUAUGGACACGGUGGCCAUGAGCAUAAGGGAUACGGUCAUGAGCACAAGGGAUAUGGCCACGAACACAUGGGACACGGUCAUGGUGGACAUGAGCACAAGGGUUAUGGCCACGAGCAUAAGGGAUACGGCCAUGCUCACGAGCACAAGGGAUAUGGACACGAGCACAAGGGUUAUGGACAUGGUGGCCAUGAGCAUAAGGGCUAUGGACACGAGCACAAGGGACAUGGUGGCCACGAGCACAAGGGCUAUGGAUACGAACACAAGGGUUACGGACAUGGAGGACACGAACAUAAAGGAUACGGACACGAGCACAAGGGUUAUGGCCAUGAACACAAGGGAUACGGACAUGGUGGCCACGAGCAUAAGGGAUACGGACAUGCUCACGAGCACAAGGGUUAUGGCCAUGAACACAAAGGAUACGGACAUGGUGGCCACGAGCAUAAGGGAUACGGACAUGCUCACGAGCACAAGGGUUAUGGCCACGAGCACAAAGGAUACGGCCAUGAGCACAAGGGACACGAGCACAAGGGCUAUGGUCAUGAGCAUAAGGGAUACGGACAUGGUCACGAACACAAGGCGCACGAAGCACACGGAUAUGGCCACGGACAUGGACAUGAGGCCCACGCCGAACAUGGUUACGGACACGAAGCGCAUGGACAUCACGGUGGAUACGAGCACAAGAAGAUGCAUUAUCGAUCCGCUUCGUACGCGGCCCCCGUCGCACAUCAUGAGGCAUCCCACGGUGGCUACGGUGGCCACGCAGCACCAGUGAAGUGCGGAUCGAACCUGCUCGUCGGUUGCGCCCCAUCAGUAGCGAAGGUACCUUGCCACCCAGUGCAUGAACAUGGCUAUGGACACCAUGGCGGCUACGGUGGACACGAAGCUGCCUCGGAGCUGUCUUUCCGCUUUGCUGCUCCAGAGCCCGAACAGAAGGAGGAAAAAACGGAAUAAGUGAUAGCGGCAGAUAAUAAAGUAUUCGCAAUAUUAAAUUCAUUUGCCUUAUUUUAAUUUAGUAGUUAGUACGGUUGGAUGAAGUAUGAGAAAUAUGUUUUUUAAAUAGUAAACUAACACCGGAUUUACCUUUAUUUUUAUCUUUGAAAAUGAUUCAUUUCAUUCAAUUGUUUUUAUAACUUCUUAAAGAGCGUUUUUCUUUCACAAUAAUAAAAUAUAUCAUUAUGUUUAACAAAAUGGCUUCCAAAUUUCCAAACUUCCGAUAAUAUGAGUACAUCCAAGGCACACAUGGUUUCGACUGGAGGUCCUCCAUCAGCUUCAUAAUAUAUUAUCAAACUUUUCGGAUCACCGUUGACAAGUCAUUAAUCAUAGACACCGGCAUUAAUCAAGUAAGAAUGGUGAAAAAUUCUGAUUACGGGUAAACAUCCUCCAUAUACUAACACGUUCAAACAUUUGCCAAACUACUACUCCCAGAUGUUACUAAUGGGGAUGGGUUCUUUAAAAGUGAUUAUUAUCGCUCAUCCAACGGCAGUGCUGACAGCUUUAUUAAAUUAUCAUACGCAAGGAAAAGAUUGUAAAAUAAAAAGCGUAUAUGCAUAAAUACUGAGAUGGAUUAAAUUAUUAUAAAAAGAAAAAAAUCAAACCUUCUUGGUUAAACAACGCACCAAUAUGACCAAGUCAAAACCAGAUAAAAGAAGAAAAAAUUUAAAUGCUUUACCCAUCGCAAUUUGGCCCAUGUUUCUGAGCCACACUUUUCUGAUCGAAUCUUUCCGCAGGUGUACGCCAUCACAAAAGCAUUGUUUUAUCUUAUUCAAACCGAUUUAUGGACAGUUAAUACUUAUACCUUUUCCCAAAACAACUCCCCCGUCCCACCGGGCACCGUUCCAGGUGCUGAAACCUUGCAAAAACCUUAUCGUUUCAAAAUGACCCAAAAAGAUAUGUUUUUAAUGCAAUCACAUAUCCGGGGUUGGUUCCAGUCAGAAAAAUAUGACCGCUUUUGUAAAAAGAUAAUAAAACGAGACAUCAUCACCUAUCGAAGGUUAUAACUCCACUCCUCCAACAUGGUUGUGCGAACGGUGGGAAACAUUAAUUUUCCUUCCAACCCCACCGAAAGCCCUUUUCGGGGUUUCGCUUUUGUUCCUUGUCUCAUCAAUGAUAUUACAGGGGUCGGUAUUCAAUUCAAUAGCAAACUGAUGGCAUAAUAUUCCACCCUUGCUCAUCCUUCCGCCGGGCACAAGCACACUCCGUUAGCAAAGCAUCCAAUAUUCUACAUUCUCCGUCAAUGUAUCCGUAGCGGUACUGAAGCGUACGCGUAGGUCGAUCGGUUGGAUAGGAUGUUUUUAUUUCAUUUUUUAUGAACGAUCCGUUACCGUUUGCCUGUAGCAUGAAACCUUACCAGUUGUAUCAGUAGCAAUGUUGUUGCGAUUUUUGAACUCGAGCCCGGUGUGUCAUGUGCGUUCGGAGACAAAAUUAAUCAUACGCAGUGUGUGUGUGUUUUUUUUUCUUCUCAUUGCUUUUGGUUCUGCCUUCUGCCUUUAUUCUCCGGAUAUUUGUUACCCUGGUUACUCUACGAACGAUCCAUCAAUGUGUUAAAUGUCAAAAGCGUAGGGUGUAGCCUUGCCACGGCGAAGGAUCAACGCGAACGGAUCGAUUGACACAACAGCGACAACAGCAAAAAAAAAGAACCUCCCCCGGACGGGUUACUAUUUCGGAUGAGGAAAUUUUAUAUUUCUCGGAACCUGUUCAAGGCAGAUCGUACACGUGAUAUGCGGCUGAAAAUUUGCCCGUGCGCCCUGUUUAUAUCAACAGCCAUUUUGUUCGUAUUUCAUGGUACUAUCCGAAAGCUAACCUUCCGCCCUCACAAGCUUGGUUGCCGACCAUGGGAACAAGUUUGAAGUCAAUUUGUUUAAUAAUGACUUUGACUGUGCCGCUACCACACUGACGGCAUACUGACCACGACCCACUGGUAAUGUACACCACCGGAUGCGUUCGCUCGAUAGGAGCGAAUGGAUGAAAGCAUCAUGGUGCUGUGCCAUGCUACCCGAUCCGUGGCAAUCCCCGUUCCAGCCGGUGCAAAACUCAGAACUCGGUUGAGUCGCGUCGUAUGUCAAAAAUUGUUAGCAUCAUUCCUCACAUCGCGGCCCAUGCUCUGCACGAACUAAAGCGAAUAUUAGUGUAGCGGCGCGGAAGAUCCACGAGAUACUCGACGACGACGACGACGACGACGCCCAUCCGUCACUGUGAUGUAUGAUUAUGCUUCCAAUAAAUCAAUGCUCCGGUUUCUCCAGUCUACUUAACAUGAUCCCGUACGUCCGUACGCUGCUGGUCGCCGGCCUAUUCGGAUGAGCAAACGUUGCAUGUACGUGCUGGAACGCUACCAGCGUGUGGCCUUGGUUGCCAUGGCUAGGAUGAGCGCUAAAUUUCGUACAAAUACAUCCGGGAGCGAGGGUUAAAUUGGAUGAGGAGUGGAAAUAAUGAAGAACUGAUCGGUCGGUACCAUUCGGAACGAUGCGUGAUGUUGUCGGUUCACGGUACGCAUGCAACGCAACGCAUUAGGAUAUGUCCAGGUCCUUACAGAGCUUUCACAAACGUAGGAACCGUUUAGGAACCGAACGGGUCAAACGUCGUAUGUAUGGAGAGCAGCAGAUAAAUUACUGCCCCGUUUUAUGGCAUACAAUAGGGCGCUGUAGCAUAAAAUUAAACUGACAACUUACACACGAGGUCAAUGAGAGUGAUGUUGUUGUGUUGUUACAUGCAAAGUUCAUUACGGCUUAUACUAAUUCAAUCACAGAUCGUGAAAUUGAAUAGUUUUCCAGUAUUUUUUUAAAGUCUUCAAUGAUUCCUUAUUUAUUUCCUAACUCUAAUUAUUUGCUUGUAAUUAUCUCGUCUCACGUAUUUGAGGGAUGCUAUCUUAGGCCUUUCCUUCACGCACUACUAACACCUACUCCAUGCAAAGAUGACAAUCGUUUAGCUUUAGCAUGUUGGAAGUUUAACCCGGUACAGGACAAUACUGACACCCUGAUACCCCUUCUGUCGCCAAUAUCACCAUCACUCAUCAGGCGCAUCCAUCGUACAUUGUGAUGUUCCUCCUAUUAUAUGGCGGCAGAAGAGUACGUACACAUUGACAGGACGUUACCGGGACCGAUUUGCGGGCAAUGUUUGGUCUGACGAGCCAUCAAUCAUCGGAUCAUAAUUUGGAAAAUGGUAUUCGAGCGAAAACGUGCGCCACCAGGCACUGACGAUUCACAGCGAUUCAACCAGCGGUGACAAGUUUGCCGCGUACUGCCGAAACCGGCGCUUCCAAUCCGGCGCUUUUCACUUGUUUGGCUUCAUUUUUACUCGCUGUAUUGGAUUUUUCCAUCCACUGCAGGGAUGGUGGGUUUUGGAAAAAAGGGCCGGGCUUAGUAUCGUACCGGUCUCCUUCUAUUUCCAAACAAACCAGCAUCCAGCAUACGGGAAUGGAGUUUCAAAUGGAGUUUCGGGGUGUCCUAUGUUGUUGUGUUUUUUUAUUAUUUGUCACCAAGUUCCGUAAAUCAUUUGUGACAUUAUUUGUGCAAUGGGCAAAGCAGGGAAAGGCGUACCAAAAGAACAACCGCAAGACCACCAUCGGAUGAAAAUUUUCAUCCUCCCCCCAUUCCCAUUUCCAAAGCAGGUGAUGAGAAGGUGGUGAUUGUUUUCCUCACCCUCGCCCAACCAUCGAAGAAAGCUGCCACGGCAAACGCUUACCAUGAACCGGAAAUGUGCGUAUUGGUGGGAAUAUAAAUAAGAAGUAAAUUACCAGAUAAGUUGCUUCCAUUUAGGCGCAUGACAGAAAACGAAUGGAUUAUUUAUGUGCGCCACCAAUGCUGAUGGGACGAAGUAGAAGCGAUUUUCCUUUUUUUUCUUCCUCCCCUGGAGACCGACAAACGGCCAAAAGCUUUUGUGCCCUGUCGGUGGUGGGCAUAUUUUUCUCUUUCCUUUUUUUUCGGUUGCUACCAUGCUACCAUUUCUUUUGGGGGAGAAAAAUUGGCCCCCAUUAAGGAUGGGGCACAUUCUGCUAGGCGCUUCGUGCUUGUUAGUCCUAAAUGAGGCUAUGAAUAUUUUUAACACUGGCACUGCAAAAGCAGUGCACGCGCUCUGGCCGUUUGGAGUGUUUAUCCGUUUUGCUUUCGGUGCUAAUAAAUCAACUGUUUGGCGCAAAUUGUUUCCAGCGAGAGGAUACAUAUGGUGCUCCAAGAAAAAAAAGGUCACCAAUAAUAGUUUGAAAUGGUUAGAUGGAUUUGGGAAACUGCGGAAAAUUUUAGUUUUAUUUUGCCUGGAGUAUGUAUAAAUAUUAUGAAGUCGUAUAAUGAGUUGAAGUAUUGUCAUCCAUAAAAAAUAUUGAUAAACAGUAAUCUGAAAGAAUAAAAAACUAAAACCUCGUCUAAACUCCCAUUAUAAUUGAUCAUCCCCAGCAUCAAAAUGGCAUUCGGUAAAAUGAACGCUAUUGUUCAAUUUCUUCGAAAGCCAAACUUAACUGCGAAAAGUACAUCGCACACAUUUUGCUACAUCGAUUCAGAGUCAGUUGAGCAAGUUAAGCUGUUGAUUAUUGCAUCGCUUUUGGGGUUGUGGCGAUGGGGGUUUUUUCUCACCACGCUCUACAAUAAACAAGCGUAAGAUGGCACGCCUUCAAACAUCAUGAACAAGUCAAUAUGAUGAUGACUGUGACAACCGGGAGCAUCUUUGCAUAUAGAUGAGCUAUGAAUUUUAUAGCGCCCGUGUGCAUCCAUGCACAAACGAUGGGACGCAAUGUUUGGUUGAUUUCGUUUUUCUUUUCGUUCUUUCUGCUUCUAUUGGAAGAAAAAACCCCCUGAAAAGAGAGGAGGAAAGACAUUGGAUGCAACCUUAGUUCCGCGAUGCGUUAUAAAUUCGCUACUGUUCCUUUUUUAUUACUCUCACGGUUACAUUUUCGCCUUCAUUCGAGAAAGGGUUUACAUAGGAAUAAUUUGAGAUUUGUUUGUCAAACAAAAUAGGAGUGUUGAAAAGGUAGUGGAUAGAAUAUAUA